AUGGACAUUGACUCUCGGAUCAAAGCAUACCGUUUUGUCGGUUAUGCUGCUGUUACCUUCUCUGCCAUUGCUGUUCUGUCGGUCUGCAUCACUCUUCCGCUGGUUUACAACUACGUGAGACACAUACGACGCUUCACUCACCACGAAUUACUGCGGUGCAAAGCUUCCGCCAAAGAUGUUUGGACAGAUCUUUCCAAACUGCCAGAAGCAAACAGAACAAUAAGAUCACCUGUGAGACGCCAGUACGAUUUCGGCAUUUCCGAAGGUUCUUGUCAAGGAUGCUGCUUACCUGGUCCACCAGGUCCUCCAGGUGUUUCAGGAAGACCUGGUAAGCCUGGCAAAGAUGGAAGACCAGGUGCUCCUGGGAACCCAGGCCGUCCACCGCAGCAGCCCUGUGAGCCUAUCACUCUUCCACCGUGCCGCCCAUGCCCACCUGGGCCACCCGGCCCUCCAGGCCAAAUCGGUCCUGCUGGAAUUCCAGGACCUAUUGGGCCACCUGGUCCUCCAGGACCUACAGGACCUAUUGGUCCUCAAGGAAUGAAAGGCUCUCCUGGAAUGCCAGGUAAAUUAGGUACAAUGGGGGAGCAGGGAUCACCUGGUGAACCAGGUCCUAGCAGCGAACCACAGCCUGGACCUCCUGGACAACCUGGGCCAAUUGGUCCUCCUGGCAGUCAGGGCGCACCUGGAAUGGCUGGAACAGAUGGACAUCCUGGCGAGCCGGGCGAGAAAGGACUUCCGGGUCCGCCUGGAAAUCCUGGGAUGGAUGGGCAGCCUGGAACUCCUGGACAACCUGGAAUGGAUGGAACCCCUGGUAUGCGUGGUGUUUGUCCGAAGUACUGUGCUAUCGACGGAGGAGUUUUCUUCGAGGAUGGCACACGUCUUUAA